GGGAGAGACGGAGGAGGCAUCCGCCCAGGAGGAGCGCACGGGAGGAGCGCGGAGCGGAGGAGCGCGGGGCUCCCCCCCGGGGCGCUCGGGGCGCUUCCCCCCGGCUCGGUCCCGGCCGUGGCCGAGGAGGCGAUGCCCAGGAGCGCCGCCCGCCUCGCCUGAGCAUCGGGGACUCCGGCUGCCGGAUUGUUCCUGCCUGAUUCAUAUACAGUGUCAUUGGCUUUUGAUUCUUCUCGUACCUGACGUGGCAUCUGCUUUGAGUCUCAUCUGAGUCUCAUCUGUACCUCUCCUGGAAAGAUUUGCAUCUUCAGACAGACUUCUGGGAGGACUGUAUAUCCACCCCACAGCUGACAUUUUCUGUCGCACAGAAGGUGAUGCAGAUCCGGUUCCUGCUCUGGAUCCCUUCUGUGUCCCACACUCUUCCCCGAGCUUGAGAGAGCCUAGGAAGUGGGCCGGCCAGCCCCAGUGACCUGCCUGACCCCAGAUUCCGUGCCUGGGCCGAUCCUUGGCUGCCCUGCUCCUGCGCCCUCGCUCUCGAGCUCCGCGGUGGAAGCGCCCACCCCCUUCCUUCUAGCUGUGCCUUAUUAGAUGGCACAGCAUUUGAUCAGUGCACCCGAAAAGGAAGUUGUGAGAAGCAAAGCCCAUGGCCCCGUUCCGCUGCCAGACAUGUGGCAAGUCAUUCCUCACCCUGGAGAAGUUCACGAUCCACAGUUAUUCCCACUCCAGGGAGCGGCCAUUCAAGUGCUCCCAGACUGACUGUGGCAAGGCCUUCGUUUCCAAAUAUAAGUUGAUGAGGCACAUGGCCACACACUCGCCGCAAAAGUCUCACCAGUGUGCUCACUGUGAGAAGACCUUCAACCGGAAGGACCACCUGAAGAACCACCUGCAGACCCACGACCCCAACAAGAUGUCCUUCGUGUGCGAGGAGUGUGGCAAGAAGUACCACACCGUGCUGGGCUACAAGAGGCACAUGGCUCUGCACAGGGCCAACAGCGGCGACCUCACCUGCGGGGUGUGCUCCCUGGAGCUGGUGAGCACCGAGGUCCUCCUGCAGCACCUCAAGUCCCAUGCCGAGGAGAAGCCCCCGAGCGGAAGCCGCGAGAAGAAGCACCAGUGCGACCACUGCGACAGGUCCUUCUACACCCGCAAGGAUGUGCGCCGCCACCUCGUGGUCCACACAGGAUGCAAAGAUUUCCUGUGCCAGUUCUGCGCCCAGAGAUUUGGGCGCAAAGAUCACCUCACUAGGCACACCAAGAAGACACACUCCCAGGAGCUGAUGAAAGAGAGCUAUCAGGCAGGUGACCUUCUUGCCACCUUCCACACCCUCCCACCUGCCUUCCAGCUGAAGGCUGCCUUGGCUCCUUACCCCAUGGCAGGGCCCCCCCAGAAUGGGCUUGCGGGGGGCAUUCCAGCUGAGGUUCACGGCCUCACCCUGGGGCCCCCAGAUCAAAUUGUCCAGCAGGUGCCACCCAUGCCAGAGGUCCUGGCUCCUCUGCACCCAGUGGUAGCCCCCAGCUCUCCUCCUCCACCCCUUCAGAAUCACAAGUACACGGCUGGGGCUGCCCCGUACGCCCCGCUGGGCGGCCUGCCGCUGAAAGCAGACGCUAAAGUGUUCUGCAGUAUGAGUCUGUUUGAGGAGCUGCCCCUGCCCGAGCCCCAGUCGCCUCACAAGCUGAACCCGGGCUUUGAGCUAGCUAAGGGAGGGCCUGGGAAAGUCACCCUGCCCAAAGAGCUGCCGGCAGAAGCUGUGAAUCUGGCGAUUCCUGCCUCUCUGGAAAUUUCCUCCCUGUUGGGCUUUUGGCAGCUGCCCCCUCCAGCUCCCCAAAAUGGCUUUGCGGGCAACACUCUUCCCCUGGCACCUGGGGAACCGCUGCCCCAUGUGAUAGGUUGUUUGGGGCAGCAACCUCAAGAAGCCCCCAUAGCAGUGGGUACCGUGACCCUGGGCCAGCUGCCGCUGCCCCCCAUCCCUCACGUUUUCACAACCGGUACCAACACUGCCAUCCUGCCUCACUUCCACCAUGCAUUCAGAUAAGCUGCUUAUAAAGGGGCUUUUCUUGUUGUGGAGGGUGUUUUGAGAAGCAUUUUAAACAUCAGUUGUAAGUUGAGGAAAGAUCUGGAAAACGGUACUGAGACUGGUUCUCUGUGAUGACUGGCUUGAGGAAGAGGAGAGAAGUGUUUUAAAUAUCAGUUGUGUGAGUUGAGGAAAGAUCUGGAAGACAGGAUUGAGAUUGGGUUAUAUGUGACGAUUGGCUUGAGGAGGAGGAUUCUUAAACUGCAUGCAUUGUGCCAAUAUAUUCUGAGUAUUCAUGCUUUUUACCAAAUGUAACCAGCGCGUGUUCUGUAGUUGAAAUGCAUUUAUUCUUUCCUGUAAUCAAACUGCAUAUAUUGUAUUCUGUAAUCGAAGUACAUAUAUUGUGUUGUAUAAUCGAUAGAAAUAAGAAUAUUGUUAUACUUGUUAUAACAAUCAUCCAAAACGACGGCUGCUAUCUUAUAAAUAGUUGUGUGUGUGUCAUGUUUAAGUGUAAACCAUUAAUCGUAAUGGUGUUAGCUUAGUAACUGUGUGUCGUUAGCUAGUAAGAAAAUUACGGAAAGGUUUGUGUUUCUACAACCUGGAAGAAUUUUUUUUUUUUUUUUUUUUUUUUUUAGAAUAUAGCCUUUAUGUUACAAGUAGAUUGUGUGUGAAUGUGAGUGUGUGUGGGGUUUUUUUUUUUUUUUUUCAGGGAUUUGUACCUGUAGAGUUUAGUUGUAGUUUAGUUACUAUUAUCAUAGCCAACCAGUAGUUUUACUCAAACAGUUACUUGUAGAGCCAUAAGUUUUUUUUCCAUGUUAAAAGUGCAUUUUAAUGUAGCUUCAGUGUUUUUCAUAUGAUGAUGUGAUGUGUGUUAUUUCAUUUAUCUUAGACAAAACUAGUCAUCAGUUACAUCUGACAGAAAAAAAAAAAUGUCAUUGUGUAACCGGGUUAAGUGGUAAAAUAAUCAAGGUGUCAGUAGUUAAGAGCAUUUUGCUGACUAUAAUAUUGAUUAUAUUUUUCAUGGGAAUUUAAGAAGAUAUACUGGAAUUCAACAUAUAUCUAAAAAUACAUUAGGUUUCUUUGCCUAGUUUAAAUUAGUACUUUAGCUGGUUAAGUUCCUCAGUAUUGUUUGUAAUCACUAGUAGAUAAGUGUGUUUGUAGCUCAUCAAUUUUAAGUCAUUAUUAGCUUGUAAUCAAAGAGGAUUGCAUUUUACAAUGUAACCGUACUUGUGAUCUGUCUCCUGAAUUUGGAAUCGUAUUAAUCAAUUUAAUGUACAACCUAACCUUAAAAAAAAAAAUACCUUGUCCUGUUUUCGAUGGCUUUCUUUUCCUCAAACAUAUAUAUCUUACAUAUAAUAAACAUCAUGUAUCCUGCA